AUGGGGCUGAGCUAUGGAAUUUUCAUCUGUUUUCUGCUCCUGGGAGGCAUGGAGCUGUGCUGCCCCCAGACCAUCUGGCCAACUGAGACCUACUACCCAUUGACAUCUAGGCCCCCAGUGAUGGUGGACUGUCUGGAGUCCCAGCUGGUGGUCACUGUCAGCAAAGACCUUUUUGGUACUGGGAAGCUCAUCAGGCCAGCAGACCUCACCCUGGGUCCAGAGAACUGUGAGCCCCUGGUCUCCAUGGACACGGAUGAUGUGGUCAGGUUUGAGGUUGGGCUACACGAGUGUGGCAGCAGGGUGCAGGUGACUGACAAUGCUCUGGUGUACAGCACCUUCCUGAUCCACAGCCCCCGCCCUGCGGGCAACCUGUCCAUCCUGAGAACUAACCGUGCUGAGGUUCCCAUCGAGUGCCACUACCCCAGGCACAGCAAUGUGAGCAGCCAGGCCAUCCUGCCCACUUGGGUGCCCUUCAGGACCACAAUGCUCUUCGAGGAGAAGCUGGUUUUCUCUCUCCGCCUAAUGGAGGAGGACUGGGGCUCCGAGAAGCAGUCCCCCACAUUCCAGCUGGGAGACAUAGCCCACCUCCAGGCUGAAGUCCACACUGGCAGCCAUAUGCCACUGCGACUCUUUGUGGACCACUGUGUGGCCACGCUGACACCAGAUCGGAAUGCCUUCCCUCAUCACAAAAUUGUGGACUUCCAUGGCUGUCUUGUGGAUGGUCUCUACAAUGCCUCUUCGGCCUUCAAAGCCCCCAGACCCAGGCCAGAGACUCUUCAGUUCACAGUGGAUGUUUUCCACUUUGCUAAGGACUCCAGAAACACGAUCUAUAUUACCUGCCAUCUGAAGGUCACUCCGGCUGACCGAGUCCCAGACCAGCUAAACAAAGCUUGUUCCUUCAUCAAGUCUACCAAGAGGUGGUACCCUGUAGAAGGCUCGGCUGGUAUUUGUCGCUGUUGUAACAAAGGCAGCUGUGGCCUUCCAGGCCGGUCCAGGAGGCUGUCCCACCUAGAGAGAGGGUGGCGCAAGUCUGUUUCCCACACUAGAAAUCGCAGGCACGUGACUGAAGAAGCAGAGAUCACCGUGGGGCCUCUGAUCUUCCUGGGAAAGGCUAGUGAUCAUGGUAUAGAGGGGUCAACCUCUCCUCACACCUCUGUGAUGUUGGGUUUAGGCCUGGCCACGGUGGUAUCCCUGACUCUAGCUACCAUUGUCCUGGUCCUUGCCAAGAGGCAUCGCACUGCUUCCCACCCUGUGAUAUGCCCUGCAUCUGUCUCCCAAUAA